UUGGAGAGUCAGUGACUAGAGAGAGGGAGGGAGACGCCAAAAGGGAACCUGCGAGACAGGUGAGGGACUUGUGACAGAGAAGAAGACUUUAAGAUAAAGUGCGAAGAAGGUAAAAGGUGACGGAUAAGGUGAGGAAGAGGAGGGAUGAGUUAAAGCAGUGGACGCCGCCGAGAAGAACGUUGGUCGAGGACGUGGCUGUGAAUGACGCCAGGCGAAACGGACGUGUCUCACACGGCGUCGGGCACCUGGAUUCUUGGAGGGCUGGGAAUAUCGGUCAUGGCUUUUCUACUUGGCUGCGCCAGCUGCCGGCAGAACAGAUCGUCUGAUUCCGCAGAGCGCCGUCCACCUCCGCCGUCUCCGGCACCUGAAAUCCACCUUCGAUAUGAACCCGACCUAUACCCGCCAACUCCUGGUCCAGUUGUAUUUCCGAAAGAAACCAGAGCGACUGACAGCGAUGAAGAAGAUUAUGUAGAGAUCUCUCUCAGGCGUCCAAUUAAAGACGAAGACCUGAAUGCACAACGCCAGUCCAAUAUGAGUGGUCAGAAUUCUGCAGCAUCUCAGAAAUCCUUAGGAGAUGCCAGUAGCCAGGGAACUUACGUUAAUAUAGGCGAACAGCAGGAUUACGUCAAUGUUACCAGCAGCAAUCUGGACGCUCCUGUUCUGAGGAAAGAUCACACCUAUCUGGAAGUAUUUCCGAGUAACGAUGAAACAGACACACCGGCCAUGGACAAAACAGCCGCGAGAUCCAGCCUGGAUGAUUUUGGGAAGGGUUCGUCUCUGUCAGAAAGCCUCUGUCACUCGUACGAGAAUAUGCCUAUGAGUAACUCUCCCGUCUCGGCCGCUGCAGAGCCAGAAGUGGACUACGUGAAUCUGACAUCAGUGUGACCCCCACCCCGUAUCAGUGUGACCUCCGCCCCGCUACCAUCCACUCAUCAGGGUGACCCCAGGAUCCGGCCGCAGCAGAAUAUGGAGAGAGAUAUGGCAGCCAUGUACUGUACCUUGGUGUCCAUAGAAAUAGAAACUCACUUGUAUAUUUUACGACAUUUUAAUGAUAAUAAAGAUAUGGCUUCAUACGGUCACGGUUACAGGAAUAACACACUGACAUGUAAAUAAGGUUGGGGGGAAAAAUCAAUUAUAUUGAAAAACAACAAAGAGUAAUAACUAAAGAAAAGUACAAAGUAUAAACUUGGCCGCAGAACUGCAAUUUGGGGGAUUUGGUUUAUUGCUUGAAAAACACAAAGUUAAAAAUAAAAUAUUUGUAACGUUAAACUCUUAAA